UGGUAUUUUUUAAGUUCCUCGAGUCAAAUUUCAAAUUUUAAAAUUUUUGUUCCUCCUGUAUUUUUUUUAAAGUCUUUACUCUUUAAGUCUUACUACAGUCUAACACUUCUACUUCAUGUUGGCUGUUGACUAUUACUGUUAGGUACAGUGUUACGAGUCAUUGAGUAGUGAGUCUGUUAUCACAAACGUUGACCACUGUUUUUCUAAGUCGAGCGUGUAAGGUUAUCCAAUAUGUUGUCUAUUUUUUUAAAAUCGUAUACCUCGCUUAAAAAAUCAGGUUUGCAAAUUGUUCGCCAGCUGUCGUCGGUCAAUUUCGAUAUCCAACAGAAGCAUCCCCAGGCUCAAAGGCCAGUCGGAUUGCCCAGAGCCAGAUAUGGAGGAAGAAAUGCAGUCACUAUGUUGCCGGGUGGAGGCAUUGGACCUGAGCUGAUGGAUUAUGUAAAAGAAGUAUUUUUAGAAGGUGGUAUACCAGUCGAUUUCGAGACAAUUCAGAUCGAUCCAAAAAGUGAUAAUAAUGAUGAUCUGGAAUACGCCAUUAUGUCUAUUCGUAGAAACGGUGUAUGCAUUAAAGGCAACAUUGAAACGCAAAGUCUCGAUUCUGCUAUCAUUUCACGUAAUGUUGCCAUACGUAACGAACUCGAUUUAUUUAUGAACGUCAUACAUGUGCAGUCAUACAAUAACAUACGUAGUCGCCAUAAGAAUGUAGAUGUCAUAGUUGUACGCCAAAAUACUGAAGGUGAAUAUGCAAUGUUAGAACACGAAAGUGUCAAAGGUGUGGUCGAAUCCAUGAAAGUUAUCACUAAGACAAAUUCUACAAGGUUGGCUCGUAAUGCAUUUGAAUUGGCCAAAAACAAUGGUCGCAGUAAAGUCACAGCCAUCCACAAAGCCAACAUAAUGAAAUUAUCAGAUGGAUUAUUUUUGGAAACUUGCAAAAAUAUGUCAUUAAAUUACCCAGAUAUCAAGUUUGAUCACAUGAUUAUUGACAACUGUUGCAUGCAGUUGGUGUCUAAUCCUCAUCAGUUUGAUGUGAUGGUUAUGCCUAACUUGUAUGGUUCAAUUGUGUCAAAUGUGAUAUGCGGCCUUGUAGGUGGUGCUGGCAUAAUAUCGGGAAAAAACUAUGGUGAUCAUUAUGCAGUUUUUGAGCCAGGUACAAGAAACACUGGUUCAUCUAUUGCAGGUACCAACACUGCAAAUCCAAUAGCGAUGUUAAAUGCGUCUGCCGAUAUGUUAGAACACUUGGGUCACAGAGUGCAUUGCGAUAAGAUCAGAACAGCUAUAAGUAAGACCCUCAAUGAAGACAUGGUGCACACACCUGAUUUAAAUGGUACUGCCAAAAGUUCUGACGUCGUACAAAAUAUAAUUAAAUACGUAAAAAGUAUUGGGGGUAGAAUCUAAUCGUUUUUUUUUUUGUAUUGGACUGGGUAACUAAUAUAAAUCUUUGUUUUGAUGAUUAGAUUCUACCUGCAAUACUUUAUACAUGUUUAAUAAUAUUUUGUCCGAUGUCAGACGAGUGCUCAGUGCAUUGCGCAUUAAAUUAUGUAUACUGUAUAGUACAAUAAUUUUUUUGAUGUUAAUAAUAUAUGUAACAAUAUAAUAAUUAUAAAAAUUUU